ACUUUAACAUUUUGCAGCCGGGGCGCACUGACGCAAGUGAAGAGAUCCCGCAUUACGUCAUCGUGAAGGCCACACACUGGAGGUGAGCGCUGCUGCCUGUGUUCAGCUCAGCUCUGCUCUGCUCUGCUCAGCCAGUACGCUGCCCGAAAAUUUCCACAACACGAGCUUUGCAGGAGAGCGGCACAGGAACGGCCGCCUCGCGCAGUGAUGCAGCGCCCUACACCAAAGAAGCCCUGAUCGCACCGCAGGACGCGACCGGCCGUCGGAUUCCUGGAGAGAAAAACAGCGAUGUUGCAUGACAUGCUUCGAAAUAAAUUCUGAAUGAUUGAAGACUGCGGGCGGAGCGGUGACAACAUGGCAGAUAGAAGGCAACUGUUUGUCGAGAUGAGGGCUCAAGACUUGGAUUCCAUACGACUGUCAACUUACAGAACAGCCUGCAAACUCAGAUUUGUGCAGAAGAAAUGCAAUUUGCAUUUGGUUGAUAUUUGGAAUGUCAUUGAGGCUUUUCGAGAGAACGGCCUCAACACCAUGGACCUCAACGCUGAGCUUUCUGUGGCUCGUCUAGAAGUGGUACUGUCUACCAUUUUUUACCAGCUGAACAAACGCAUGCCCACCACCCACCAGAUCAACGUGGAGCAGUCCAUCAGCCUGCUGCUCAACUUCCUGCUGGCAGCCUAUGACCCGGAGGGCCGUGGCAAGAUAUCUGUCUUUGUUAUGAAGAUGGCCCUAGCAACCAUCUGUGGUGGGAAAAUUCUGGAUAAAUUAAGAUAUAUUUUUUCACUGAUAUCAGAUUCCGCUGGAAUAUUGGUGUACUCACAGUUUGACCAAUUUCUGAGGGAGGUUCUCAAAUUACCUAUGGCAGUUUUCGAGGGACCUUCUUUUGGUUACACAGAACAAGCGGCAAGAACCUGCUUUUCACAGCAGAAAAAGGUCUCCCUCAACACAUUCCUCGAUACGUUGAUGUCAGACCCGCCCCCUCAGUGUCUGGUGUGGUUACCGCUCAUGCAUCGGCUCGCCAACGUGGAGAACGUCUUUCACCCGGUCGAGUGCUCCUACUGCCAUACUGAGAGUAUGAUGGGCUUCCGCUACCGCUGCCAGCAAUGUCAUAAUUACCAGCUCUGUCAGGACUGCUUCUGGAGGGGGCAUGCCAGCGGUUCCCAUAGCAACCAGCACCAAAUGAAGGAGUAUACGUCAUGGAAAUCCCCUGCUAAGAAGCUAUCCCAUGCACUCAGUAAGUCACUGAGCUGUGCAUCCAGCAGAGAGCCUCUUCACCCCAUGUUUCUUGAAAUGCCAGAGAAACCUCUCAACCUAGCUCAUAUUGUAGACACGUGGCCGCCAAGACCGGUGAACAUCACCAACGACUACUCACUCUCUCACUCCAUGCCUACAUCAGGGAACCCUUACUCCACCAAAAACAAGAAUAAUGAUGUUGAGCAAAGAAAGCCCUUGACUGGGGCUGCUCCACAUCUGUUGAAAGGGAGAGGGUUGAACUACAACCUCGAUGUUGCCGAUAGACUUGCUGACGAACAUGUUCUCAUUGGCCUCUAUGUGAAACUGCUCCAAAACAACCCCAGAACAUGUUUGCUGGAGAGCAGUAACCAUCAAGAUGAAGAGCACAGUCUCAUUGCCCGCUAUGCUGCUAGACUGGCUGCUGAUGCUGCGCAGGCUCAACAGCAGAGGGUCCCCACAGACCUCCCCUGCUCUCUGGAUGCCAACAAACAGCAGAGGCAGCUUAUUGCUGAGCUCGAGAGCAAAAACAGAGAAAUCCUGCAGGAAAUCCAGCGGCUGCGCCUUCAGCACGAGGAGGCCUCCCAGCCUCCUCCUGACAAGGGUCAGCAGAACCCCACUCUGCUGGCUGAGCUACGACAUCUCAGGCAACGCAAAGAUGAGCUUGAACAAAGAAUGUCUACUCUGCAGGAGAGUCGCAGGGAACUCAUGGUGCAGCUGGAGCAGCUAAUGAUGCUUCUCAAGCUGGAAGAAGAACGGAAACAAGCCACUCAGGGUCCCGGCUCUCCACGCUCUUCCCCCAGCCACACCAUCAGCCGGCCAAUACCCACACCAAUCCACUCGGACUCUGCCGGCACGACCCCGACUCACACACCUCAGGACUCACUCAUGGGCGUGGGAGGGGAUGUUCAGGAGGCCUUCGCUCAGGGUCCAAGGAGAAAUUUGAGAAAUGACCUGCUCAUUGCUGCUGACUCCAUCACCAACACAAUGUCGUCACUGGUUAAGGAGCUGAAUUCAGAAGGUGGAAGUGAGACUGAGAGCACUGUGGAUUCAGACUUUGGACGUGGUGACCUGUUGGCCACAACUUCUUCAGAUCCCUUCAUCACCUAUAAACCAAGGAGCUCCAGCGCUGCAGAGCAGGAGAGCUUUGAGAACGAUCUGGAGCAGCAGUUGGAGGACGAGCUCAAGUUGGAGGAGCUACUGAAGCACAGGCAGGAACCAGACAAACCAUGCAUGGUGACUCUGCAGCAGUGACUGUGUUAGUCCAUAUUACUGGUGAGCAAUAUGAAAAGCAACAAUUGUAGAAGACACUGGAUGGGACAACACUGGGCCGACGGUACAGAGCACUGAAGAUAUGAAGAAUUUAAGUUGAAAAAAAUUGCUAAAUCCAACCAUAGAAUACAUUUAUGUAAAGAUAUAUAUUUUUAACCAACCACAUAUUUAAAGUAAUACUGUGAGCUGAUGUAAAGAGAUUAAAUACUGAGCUGUCUAUUAUACCACAGGUGCCAUAAAAACCACAUGAUUUUGGGAAUUUUUUUCUUAAUUUUUAAUCCUUUUUAUAUGAGUUGUCUUACAAAUGUACAACAAUACUGUUCAUACAGGGUGGCAAACCUGAUUCCUUCAAAUCCUCAUGUUUCUGAAUACAGUGAACCAGGUUUAAGGGUUUGUCAUCUGAUUUAUGUUAUGAAACCUGAGAUUACAUUGGAGUUGAAGUUAUAGAUGAUAAAGUUUGCAAUCUUUUGUAAAUGUUUAACUCUGGCCUGGUUACAAUGAACAGAUUUUGUCACUAUUCCAUAGAUUUCUUACUGUUGCUGUUGAGUGGCUUUUGUAUUGUUUUUUUUUUUUUUUUUUUUUGACUCGUUUUCGAAGCAGACCGACUGCUAUUGACCAGAUGAGUUUGUUUUAUUUGAUACAUUAGUAAUAAUAAUACACACUGCCUUAGCUGGUUGGAUGACCUCUCAAAGGAGUUCAUUCAAACUGUCAAUGCAGCAUGUAGCUAACAACAAAACACGCCUGUUCAGCAGCAAUGCUAGUCUUCUUCACUGGAAAAAUGAGGUUAAACUCAUUUAAUCUGAUGCUGGGAAGUGAUUUUGUCUGCAGAGAUUUGGUCUGCAAAUAUGUACACUGUCUAUAUGUAAAUGGUCAAUUAAAUAUAAGAUAUAGAUGGAUUGAAAGUGUUUUAAAACACAGUGGAAAACAAUGUAAAACAUAGACUUCCAAAUUGCUCAAAUUCAAAGGUUUACACUGGUGAGGGCAUUGAACAAAUUGUGUUUACUAUCAAUGGUUUAUGAAUUAAGGUUCGAUCAUAGAUCAUCUGCCAUUGUUUCAUUUGUUAGCGUCAAUGCUCUCACACAAAUCUGUGCAUGACUUGCACACCAAAAUACACACUCUUGAUGUAUUUUCUGAGUGUGCGUGAAACUUUACUCAGUCACUUUGAGAAAAGUGGCAAGCCAAUCUAAAAUCAUAAAUGUGUGAAAUAUAUCUAGUUUGAUUUUUGAGCAAGUUCAUAGCAGUGAUUUUGCAUGGUGGUGAUGCAUAAUAAAGUGUUGACACAAUAU